AUGUGCUCAGCUAUAUGCGAGUCAAGGUGGAGUCAGGAUCCAAAAGGAUCAUCAAGAUCAUCAAUGUCUUCCAAUAAUUUCGACUCAGAUUCUCCAUCAAUUUUUCAGGACGCGCAAGAGAAAGAAGCCAGAAUAAAUGAUGAAUUAACCAAGGACUCUGAAAUAAAUAAAGAGAUUGAUAAUGAUAAUAUUAAAAAAUUGGAGCUGAUGCCAGUACCGCCUUUAUACGUCACUCGACAGGACUCCGGCGUGCCUGAGGAUCUUGCGUCACCAUGCGCGAAAGAUUCAGCGCAAAACGAGGAGAACUUGGAUAACACAGCCAACAGCGACUGCAAUGUCACGGUAAUUCACGUGUCAGAAGCAUUAGCGGAGAGUAAGGAUAACAAGGAUGGCAGUGAUAGCGGAGUUGAAGGAUGUACGACAGAAGUAGUCCAGACAAACGGUUAUUCGGGAAGUUGCAACGGACUGGAUGAAGUUAGUUGCGAUUCGAGUCUAGUGAGUUGCUGUUCAGUUUACGAAGACCCUUGCGGACAACUUCCAGACGACCUGAGGCUAACUCCAGGUGCUGGUAGCAGCGGGGAAGCCAGUGGGUCAUCCCGGAUAGUUCCUCGGGGAAAUGGAGAAGCUACUAGUGAAGGAGGCAGUGAAAGCUCAUCUGUUGCCGGGAGUAUCAGCGCCCGGGUAGUUUGGACGACUCCAAAGCGAGCGCCGGCGAGUACAAAUAUCACGUCGUGUAAAAAGAAGAUUAUUAAAGUAGAAACCUCCCACCCAAAGAGCUCACGAGGAAGAUCCACUUUGCCUGAAGAUGCCUCCCACCGACUUCCUUCAACCGCUAGAAGUAAAACCCGCUCGCAAACCCCCCGAGCGACACCUUCCAAGCCGCAGACCAGCAAAUCUCGUGACAAAUCUGCGGCUCGAGUUACUGCGGAUUCUAAAGAACUCACUAAGUCCUGGACUGCGACAGGAACCACGCGGGUGAGAACGAGAACACGCCCCAUUCCUGAUUCACUUACACUCUCGGGUACUUCUGCGCUGGCUAAAGAAAUUGAUAAAGAUCUCGCAGCCAGAGGAAGCUGCAUCGGUCGUGGUUCAUCUAGCUUAUCACGAUGUCCUUCUACGGCCUCUCGAGGAAGAAGCACUGCUGGCUCGACACCUUCCGAGGAGUUCAGAAAACCCUUAGCCACCACUCCCAAGACAAGCAAAACUUUUACAAGGUCUGUACAAGAGAGCAAAAAAUCAAACGAGGUCAAGUGCGCUGAAAAUAAAACUCUAGAGACUUACGGAACUUUUCCGAGGAGAAAUAAGUCAAGGAUGUCCGUUUUUAAGCCAGAAGAAAUUCAAAAAUCUGUCAAUAGAGACUCGAGUCUUGGCAGAGGUGAUAAAGGAAAAAAGCGAGUUAAUUCUCGGGAGUCUACGCUGAUUCACAAAAGCUUGCCGCCUAGGUCCAAAGGCUCUGAUAAAAUUGUUAUUUACCAUGAAAUGAGUGUACAAACAGGUUUAACAGGACAAGAUAUCGAGGGAGCGAUGGCGGGUCUUCCAACUAAACACUAUGGCCCUGAAACUCCUGACAGUGUUGCAAUUGAAUGCCAGACUGAAGCCAAUGUUGUUUCUGAAGAAGAAUUAAAGAGCGCGUUAGAUGAAGCUAAGCGAUUUGCCGGCGAAAUGGCAGCUAUGAAGCAAGAAAAAGAGAAGCUAGAAUUAAAAUUAUCCGCUACGGAACGUCAACUGGCUAAAGAACGAGCCGAUCAUUCGUUUACGCGACAAGAACUACAGAGUAACUCCAGGAGGAUUCUUGCGAUACUCGGUACUCCGGCUUCAGAGCAGUCUGAAGGCGGUGACAGUCUUUUGGAGCUCGAGUCACACUUCCAAGAGUCAGGGCAAGUUGUCGCGAACCAGCAGUUGGAGAUACAGCAGCUACAAAAUCUCUGUCGAAUGCUCAACCAAGACUUGGAGAAAAGUUUGGCGGCUCAGAAGACUCUGUUCCAACAUCAGCACGAAGUUGAAGUUGAGUCGAUGGAGCUUCAGGAGUUUUUGCAGCUGGAGAAAAAUUCGAUUGCUGAAGCUAUGAAAGAAGUUGAAGCGGAUUUGAAGAUUAAAGAAGAAAUGCUCGCGGCAAAAGAUAAAGAACUGGAGGUAAAAACCGACGAAUGCAAACAUCUUGUUCGGCUGAGUGAACAAAGACGUCAGGAAUGUAUGACGCUCGAGUUUAAAUUGAAUGCAGUUGAACGCAAAAGCCGAGAAUUGAUUCUUACUCAAGGCGCAGCUGUUUCAGGAGCUGCUGUUGCGCUUUCUGGACUCGGUUCGCGACUUGAAGGACUCGUGGAACAACUUGUUAAGUCUUACAAAAUUUCAGAAAAAGAUCUGGAAGAUGUGGUUUAUCACAACGAAGCUUACAGCAGGAGUAACAGCAGCGGCGAAUCCAGUCCAGUGAGCUCAAAGCAAUUCAGCUUGAAAGAUUGCACACCCAGUCCUAAACAUAACUCGUUUGUAUCCGCUGUGAUCGGUGCCAUCAGAAAUGCGGCGACUCAUCCGUUUGUUUCCCGACCAACUAGCAAAAAAUCAGACGCAAAGCAACAAAUUUUCAAGGAAUUGAGCAUGGAAUCCUCAGCAGACAUGCUGGAUUUUGAAACCGAACCGUGUCUUAUGAUGGAAAGCGUUCUUGAGGAUGUCUCUAUACCCGAUACUUACUCUAGGAACAUGGUUUCGAGUAGCGACUCUUUGAGAAGAGCUUUGAGUGUUCCUGAACCUAUUACUGACGACGUGACAUCGCUUUACAAGAGUGACGAGUGCUCUAGUCUUACCAAUCUCUCCCAAGCCAUUUUAAAUCGACGACAAGCCGAAGAACAAGACGCUGAAGAUGAUGACGAUGACUGCGAAUCUAUUAGCGAAUCCGAAGCCACCGGACACGCUGACGUAACUGUGCCAACAGCUGAUUAUUGCACUGCCGUGAAUCUUGUCGACCAAGUUAUUGAUGUAGAUAAUCUCGUGACAAAACUACUCAAGGUAUUGAGAAUUAUUCAACUUGAUAAUGACACGUGCAUCCGGGAACUUCGUGAUAUGAAACUUGAAUUAGAAGGGCGGCUUGCUGUAGGCAUUAAACAAAUUGACGACGUGAAAAAAUUUGAUUCCAAUGAGUCUUUACUUCAGGAUAAUGAUCAAGAGAUGAAGGAAAAUAUUCCGGAUAAUUGUAAGUAUCUAUUGAAAAUGGAGUUUCUUAAAUUACAACGGCUCAAUCAAUCAAACAACAGAAAAUAG